CCGGCGCUCGCAGUCGUGCACGAACGCUCCCGCGAACGCCUGGCUCAGUGUCAACAAAUCCUGGAUUGAGCGCACACAAGGAGCAAACCGAGGAGCCAUGGCUUUCUUUGGGUAUAAAGCUUCUACAAUGACAAGGUCUGAUGCAGAAUUCCUCAUGGACACAGAGGUGCGAAGCAGAGACUUCUGGGCUGUUUUUAACGAUUAUGACAACUGUAUCAAACUGCAGAAAAUAAUAGACAUCUUGUACAACUCUGAGGAAGGAAAUGAUUACGAAGUUGAUUACCAAGAGAACCAAAAUGGGACACGUCUCACCAUUCGUUGUAAUGUGUGUUCAAAGGAGUUGACUUCCUAUGAUCCUUUUGUCACUCAUGAAAAUGGCAAGCUUCACAAGAGGACCCGUCAGCAGAAGUUGAUGCCAAAGGAUCCAAAUCUUUGCACAAAAUUGCAAAAACGUCCCCACAAUGAAGUACGUGGAAUCUUCCCUAAAGGAUCCUUGGAAGAAAUGGUUGAUUCAUGUAGCGAACCUGUUCUUGGUAUACAGUUUGUAUACAAGGAAGUGAUACAUGGCAAAGAGACAUUUACCUGCCAGCUCUGUCAGAAAUCAAGUGAUGUGACAAGAAUUAAGACUUCCAGAAUGUUUGCACACUUGACUUCCUUAGCCCACAAUAGGAAAUACAUGGAAAUAAAGUUUGGACUUACAAAGGACCUUUUGCUGAAUUUUAAGGAUGAAGCUCGUAAUAUUGAAGAGCGUGAAGGAAAAAUUCACCAGCCCAUCAUUGACUUUACACAGCAGUUACCACCAGACCUGAGAGCAGACUUGGACAGUUACAGCCACAGUCCCACCCACUCCAGUAGCCAGUCACGAAAGCAUCAAUCUAGAAGUCGUUCACACAGUCGUAGAUCAAGAAGUUUGUCCAGAGACCGAGACUCGAGAAGUCAUUCACGCAGCCGCUCUUCAAGGAGUCCCUCACGUAGUCAACGAUCUAGAUCUCGAUCCACCAGUUCCAGUUCCAGAAGUUCAUCUGUUGGUCCAGAGGAAUCUGGAGCAUCUACUGGCCAUGCCCCAAGGAUCCACUCCAAAGACUGGAAAGCAGAGAGUCCUUUUGACAAAGCAGAUGCUGUUCCAGAACAGAUCCCACUUCCUCCUCCUUCUCCACCACUUCCUGUUCCUCAGCAACCACAAACAGCAGAGGCUGAAGUAGAGGUUGACAUGUAUGAAGAUCCAAGACCAAUUUUAGAUGAAAUAAAGCUACUGCACCAGAGUGACUGCAAAGACAUGCUGCUAGAAGAUACUGACAUGCAGGCAUGUAUGAUCCAGACUCUCUGGACACUCAACCUGAAACUAGACAAAUAUUAUAAUCGUACUGGCACCACCUACCGGUUACACGAAGACAAGGAAGUGAUACUUAUGUCAGAUGUAACAAACAAGCUGAAGGAUUAUAUAAAACAGCUGAUUUUGAUUCCUCCAGAGUCACACUAGCACUAGUAAUCAGAUGCUAAUAUUUUGAAUUCCUUCCUUUUUUCUUUUUCACUUUUUUCUUUCUUUUUUUUUCCUUUUCUUACUGAUUUUAUUUUGUUGUAUAAAUUCAUAUGUGUGAGGAUUGAUUCAUCAACAUUAUCAUCUUUAUCAUUGCAGACCAAGUUAUAUAUUGUACAUUAUUCAGGUGUAUACAGUGUUUUUUUAAUCACUGAUGACAAAGAUAUAACUGAGAUAUUUUCUUCUCAGAAUCAGUUGAUUUCAUUUAUUUUCUAAAAAUUGAAUUAGUUUGCUUUUAAUAUUUUUUGUACUCAGGCAAAAGCAGUUUCUAUAAGCAUGAACUGUAUUGUUGAUUUUCUUUUUGUCUAGAAAUAUUUUUCAUCUUCUUAUAUUCAGAAAGAAAUAGUAUAGAACAGAAUGAAUUUUUUUUUUAUAUGAAUAUAUAGAUGAACUACUUGUUAGGUCCUUGAUUGAAUGAUUGAAUUUAUUGUUAAGGGAAAUUUUGCAGAUUAUUCUUUACAACCAUGUUUAUAUUAUAUCAUAAUUUUUUGACACAAAUUUGUGUGUUUAUCCAUAUGAAUGUAUGGAUGUCUGAUGCAUUAUGUGUUAUUUGUUGUACUUUUAUGGCACUAAAAGCAGAUGUGUCAAUCCUUUUAGAAUUUGGGCCUUAAGUGAUUUAGAUUUUGUUUCAGAUUUUUUUUCUUCUGUUCAUAUUCUUUCUUUCUCUUUCUCCAUCUUCAUCUUUUCAAAUGAAAAUGUAGAUUGAUGUUCUUUUGUCUCAAAAAAAAAUAUAUAUUUUUUUUAAAACCAUUCUGAUAGUCUUUUAUACAACCAAAGAUCUCAAUAUGACCUUGAGGUGUUGUAACUGAGGUAGUUUUGAUAAGUAUUUUAAUUUCAGUGUAACUAUUGUGUUAUUGAUUAACUAUUGAUCACUCUUGAUGAAAAUGAUAUUCAGAAAUUUAUGUAGCUUUGUGUAUGUAAGUCCAAUAAAAAAUUUAUUUCAGAGUCUGAAAAGCAAAUAAACAGUUGAACUUUC